CGCGCCGUGAGGGCCCCGCGGGCCCGGUCCCGCCAUGGCGGCGCCGCCCGGGCCGCGCAAGCGGAGCGGCCCCGCGCUGAGCGGCGGCAGCGGCGCCGGGGCCGCCCCGCCGGGACUCCGCAAUGGGCUCCCCCCGCACAAGCGCCCCAAGAGUGCCGCGGCCGGGCCCGCCGACCCCUUCGGUGACAGCGACGACUUCACGGCGGACGACCUGGAGCAGAUCGACAUCCUGGCCUCGCAGGCGCUGUCGCAGGAUCCGCCCGCGGGACUCGCGUGGGGACCCCCGGGACUGCCCCGGGGCGGGCGGGAAGCAGAAAGCAGAGCAGAAGAUGGGCUGAUGAGAGAAGCAUUCCAGUUUGAAGUACUGCAGACACAGAAUGAAGAAAACAGACAGAAGCUGAAAGAAAUGCAGGAUGAAAUCCUCACUAAAAAUGGAGAAAUUAAAAUUCUGCGUGACUCACUGCAGCAGAUGAGGUUUGCUGUGGAGGAACAGAAAAGAUCAUACCUGCUGCUGGAACAGCAAAAAUCUCAGACCUUGAGUGAAAAAGAAAAAGAGUUCUCCAAAAAGUUGCAGUCGUUGCAGUCAGAGCUGCAGUUCAAGGAUGCAGAAAUUAAUGAGUUAAGAACACGACUUCAGAACUGUGAAAGAAAUAAACAUGUUGUUACUCAGACAGUUCCAACAACAAGCCCUAAAAAGAAUUUUGCAGUGCAAGUGAAACCAGAAGGAUGUUCUCCACAGCCUGGAAGAAGAUCUUUUCCUACAAAAGAAUCCUUCAAUGCUGAAAUGUCCACUAGACCAUCGUGUUCUUCAGGAAAUUUGAUGGCCCCAACUAGUUCAAUCAAAGAAGACAGUAAGAUGACCCAUCCUGAAGUUUCAUCUGUGAAGCACCAGGAGGCAACGGGAAAAAACGGUUCCUACAACUCUGCACCUCAACGGAGCACACGAGGUUCAAUCUUACUGAAUGCACUGAUGAAGCAGCCCAUUGUCCCUGGGUCAUUACUAGGAUUGUGCCAUCUCCUCAGCAGCAACUCUGAGCCUCUACCUGGAGCUGUGUUGCAGCCCAACUCUCUGGAUACGAAGUCCACACAACUCCCCAGCAGCAGGACAGCGCAAGAAGAAACCGCUCCUCUCGUGUCCCUGCAAGAAGCUCAAAAACUUGCAAUAACAGGGUUGAACUUGAUCGCUAUGGACCAAGGAUUAGCUGAAGGAAGCCCAGCAGAAGGCCAGGGAGGGCUCCUGCUCCUCCCCCAGUGCAGGAUCCGAGGAGCUGUGCACCUCCUGCCCCUGGUGGAACACCACGUCGGUGCCUACUGCCGGGCGGGACAACUGCCGGACACGGCCGGGAACGGUUCCUGUGGAAACCAUUCCACUGUGUCUUCCAGAACCAGCACAAGUUCCGUGUCGAGUAAGGAGGACUUCAGGUUGUCUCUUGAGGAAACUGCAGUUAUAUCACUGGGAAUCCUUUAUUACUUGGUGUUCUAUAGCUGGGAUGUUGUCCACACAUUGCUGGCUGCCAGAGCGGAAGAAGGUGCUGCUGCUGCUGGAGACAAACAGGUUUCCAAGAUGGACAAAAAUGUGUUGUGUGACAAUCAGUGUGAUAAUAAAGAAGAUACCAGGACACAAGGAGGGCUGCCUGCAGCUCCACAGGAUGCUCCCAAUAAUGAUCGAGCUCAACAUUCUUUGUUUAAAAAGCUUCUUCAGGUUUUAGCUUUUUCUGCUGCAAGGGGUUCCCAGAGUGACAGAAUCCUGAGCCAGAGCCUACAGGUUUUGGUGAAAUUAGCUGAAAAUUCAACAAUGGACUUGCUAAUAAAUUUUCAGCAGUUGCUGAGCAGCCAGACCCUGCUGCACUGCCUGUGUCCAGAGACCCCCCUGCCUGCCGUCCUCCUGACUGUGAGACUGCUGGGUGUCCUCUCCCAGCACCAGGGCUUGGCUGCUCAGCUGUGUUCUCACUCAGACACCUGCCUUCUCCUCGCACUGUACAUGUACAUAACAUCAAGACCAGAUAAAUCAGCAUCUGAAAUGCUUUGGCUUCAGCUGGAACAAGAGGCCGUCCGGCUCCUGACGCGGCGCACGAGGGGCUCCAGAGCAGCACUGCUGUCCCCUGGCACAGCCUGUCAGUGCAACCUCGAGGUGGUUAAGGCACUAAUUAUAAUGUUACACAGGCAAUGGAUGAAGAUGAGAAGAGCUGAGAACAGCUCCUGUGCACAUAAGGAACAAAUUAUUCAGUUUUUACGGGAUGCUGUUUUACUCUUGCACAGCCUAUCUCAGAAAGAUAAGCUGUUCCAUGAACACUGCUUAGAAGUUCUCCAUCAAUAUGACCAAGCCAUGCCAGGCAUAAGAGCCAUUCUCAAAAAGACUAAAAAACUGAGUGCCUGUGAAGAGCUGAUUUUGGAUGAGUUGUAUCCUCCUGAGCCAGAAGACCAAGGGAUGGACUCCAGCUAGCCAACAUCUCACACAGAUCUGUCCUUCCUCAUCUGAAUCAUCAUAAUCAUUGCCAGUGCAAAUGUGAACUUUAAAUCAUCCCUUUGUUAAGUGACAGCCUAAAGGUUGCAUUCAAAGGCAGCACAACUAAGACACAUUUCUUUGCUGUAAUUAUUUCAGUGCCAUCGAAAUGUAGCUGCAAGUAAACAAAUUUUGAGAUGAGAAUGACACUGCAAUGGACUUAUGAUUGGCCCUGGUAAUGAAUUUCAUCCUGUACAAAACUGCUGGGAAUGGAACAGAAAUGUCUCUCCAUGCCUUCCCUUUUCCUGUGACUACAGCUGAAUUUAUGAUGCUGAACGUGCCAAGAUGUUUGGGAUCACUGCAUUCAUAUGAAAGCCUUUUGAACACACUUUCUUUUGUAAUUUUAACUCUUUCUUGCUUGACUUCCAAAAUUUUCAUGUUGGUAUUAGUAAACAGUUUACAGUGAUUUUAGAAACCUUUCUGGAAGUAACUUGGAGUUGGCAGUUCACUACAGGGCUUUGAAUUUCUUGCUGAGAAUUGGUCACCUGAGUUCACUUGAUUUUUAUGAAUCUGCUGAAAGUGUAACUAUGGAGAUGCCAAAACAAACAAACAAAAAAAUACUUGACCUUACAUUUUUUAAAAUUCACCUUGAAAGAGUAAGAUGGUGCUGUUGAGGACUCCAUCCUAGGUUAUAAAGGGAUAUUUAAGAGUGUGCAGAAUGACUAGGGCUUUUUGGUCACUGUGAAGAUGAAUGACCAUGUCAUUCCUAGGAUACAGCACUGAAGGUUGGAGCUGCUGCUCCCUGCACAGUCACAGCCACGCUGGGCUGCAGGUUAUCAACUGAGCCUAAAAAGGGAGCUGUGAGUGCUUUUAAAAUGAGCCCAUGGGUUUGUAUUUAUAAAUGGGAGAGCUUUUUUCAUUUUUCCACAGGUGCUUGAUUUAGAAAGAGCCUGGAUCCAGGGAACAGGAGGAGGAGAGACCAUACUACAGUGGGAAGGAAGCUCUUGGAAAACUGGGAAACAUUCAGUUCCCUGGUCACGCCCAAAGAAGCUGUGUCCUGCCCUGGGGCAAAGAGCCCCACUCCAGUGGGCUCAAAGAGCUCCUGACUUGGUUUGUGCUUUGGAAAAGAACUUUUCCAGAGACUGCUGUGCAGGAAUAACCAGGGAAAUAAUCCAUCAUCUCCCAAGGGCUGAAGCUUAUUCCCAGCACAGCCUGGGCUCAGCCUCCCCCUCCCGGAGCAGCAGCUCUGCAGAGGCAGGACCAGGUUGUUCCUGUGAAACACAAGCUGCCAACUGCUCCUCUCAGCAGCAGGUUUGAAGUCCCUUGUAGCAUCUGGAAAACUGCCAUUUUCCUGCUUAAAUGCAGCAAGGAAGGAUGAACAGGCACAUAACAGCAAGGCCUUCUGAGCCUGGGUGUGACUGCACGGCCACAAGCCUGGAACUGCCCCAGGGCCCUGGACAAGACACCAGAGGCUGAGUGACAAAAACAACAGUUGGCUUAUCCACAGAAAACAAACAAAUAGAAAC